CACUAAGAUGCACGCUUAGUUGCAGGAGCCUCUCCACUCCCGGUGCCUAAAACUUUCUAAUGAAAUCCCCAAACUCUUUUUGACAAACAUUAUUUUUUUUUCUCCUCCGGGGGUCUCAAAGAGGGGCUUUUCGACACAUUAAGAGGCGUUUCUGUUGCAAAGAAAACUUCAGAAUAUGGAGCCCAGUUCCACAGAGGGAGGAGCUGAGGAGAUGCUCCUUAAAAAUCAUCCACCAGGUCUUCCUCACAAAGUGAUGCUCAAACAUGGCCAAGAGCUGGAGGAAGAGCAGGAGGAGUUGGCCGAGCACCGGCCGCUAGAGCAGGAGGACCUGAACUUUGAGAGAUGGAAGCGCAGGCCGUUACCCCAGAGGACGCUCCACCAGAAAAUAGAAGACAUUAAGACGUACCUGUGGAAUGCAGAGACCAAGGAAUUCAUGGGCCGCUCUGGGAAGAGCUGGAGCCUCAUCCUUCUCUUCUACGCUGCACUUUAUACGUUUUUCGCAGCCAUGUUUGGCGGCUGUAUGUUUUGCCUCAUGUGGUCUAUUAGUCCUUACCAUCCGACCUACAAUGAUAGAGUGAUGCCACCAGGUAUGACGAUGGCCCCACACCUAGAAGGCCACGAGAUCGCCUUCAACGCCUCUGAUCGCAAAUCCUGGAAGAAGUACGCGAGGUCUAUGGAUGAAUACCUAAAACCGUAUAACGACGUCACUCAGGACAGGAAGAAUAUUCAGUGUUCACAGGACAAAUACUUCAUGCAGGACGACCUGGAGGAGAGCGCGGAGCGGAAAUCGUGCCAGUUUAAGAGGUCCUGGUUGGGAGACUGUUCGGGGGUGCAUGAUCACAACUAUGGCUAUUCUAAGGGAAAGCCAUGCAUCCUCCUUCGAAUGAACCGGAUUCUUGGUUACCUACCUGGCCAGGGCAAAGCAGUAAAUGUGACUUGUGGCGUCAAGAGAGGACCUCCAGAAGCCUUGGGAGAAGUCCAGUUUUUCCCUAAAAGCAUUUUUGACCUGAAGUACUAUCCGUACUAUGGGAAGCUCAGACACCUGAACUACUCUGCACCGGUUGUGGCCGUGCGUUUCGUAGGACUGCAGGUCGACACUCACAUCCAGGUACAAUGCAAACUGAACGGAAAGGGCAUCAUUAACGAUUCACCCACUGACCGCUACCUGGGCAGUGUGAGCUUCUCCUUCGAUGUCGGAGCGUAAAGUGCAAGAAGACGUCGCUGCCUGCAGGAUGCUUCCGUGACAACGAGGCAGAUAAAAUGUACAAGAAAAAAAAAUAUUUUUUUCAUGAAAUAUGUAAUUCCCCCUCUCCUCAUCUUUCACUUAAAUAUCCAACAUCUUCUGCUGUGAAAUUCCUCAAGAAGUAGAUAUUUGCUCUUGUGUUUCUGUUGUAUCUUUGUACCCUGAGCGUGCUACUGGCACCUGCACCCACAACAAACAGUGCUGAGCACAGGACAAGUGCGUAGAAGUUGUUACAAUUCCUGAUAUUUUUGUAAUGAUUAGCGAAAUUAAUCAAACUAAAUUACACUCAAUGCCCAAUAGUUAGCAUUUCUGGCUAUGCAAAUCCAAUUAUGACUUAAAAACAUUACUAGAAAUAUUGUUGUAUCAGGUUAGAUUAUGGUUUUGUGUGCACCGUUUUGUGUGACUAAUUUGUUUUGAAUUAUAUUUUUCAAACAUGUAUAUUGUAAGAAUUCAAAGAACACUGAAAGCAGGACUUGUACUGUACUUACACAGUAAAUAAUAAAUGACUGCAAAUACACUAUUACUAUAUUUUUGUUGAAUAGAGCAGUAUUAUACAUUUAUGAUAAAGCAUCACAAGCCUUUACCUUGCCUUCUUUUGUAAAAACAUUUGCUUUUGAAAAUGAAAUACUACACUAGACUGAUCAAUAAAGAGACUGUGAAAUAGUUUGUGAAAGGUCUGUACCAUUUAAAAAAAAAAAGUAUAACUAUUUUGUGAUAGUAUUAAUCCUGUCUGAACUGUGCUACUAAACAUGGUAUCAAUGUUGUAUUUAUUCCUAUUAUAGUUCUUAUAAUAAAUACAAUGUUCUGGUA